CCGGUUCAUUAUACAUCGGCUCACCAUUGAAAUGAAAAAAAAUCGAUGCCGAUGAGAUCAGACAUUACACAACAAAACUGAGAGAACUAGAAGAAGAUCGUUAAAAAAAAAUGGCUAUUGAAAUCCCCAAAGAUUUAAUAACCCAACUCCAGAUCUCACUUCGCAAGCAAGCCAACGUACCUUCAUAUGAUCCGACCGACCCAUCGCUUCCCGGUCUCCCUUUGUUUCACUCGACCAGCGAUUCACCUCGCCGCCGUUGCAUCCACUGCAAAUCUCGUCUCCUCCGAGGCUCCGAUUCCAUCCUUUGUAUUUUCUGCGGCAAACGCCCCACCGAGACACCGCCUCCGCCGAUCAAAUUCCAGUCUACUUCUGGGUACCGAUGGUUCCUUCACUCACUUAACUUGGAUGGAUCUGAAAAUGUGGGGGAGCCUUUAGAUGGGGAUGGAAAGGAUAAAGGAAGUGGAGAGGAGUUUGCCUUAUCUGAUAUUUUGGGAUUAGAAAUAAAGUGGAAUGAUGUAGAGUUUAAGGGAUUUGAAUCUGGUUUGAGAAAGAGUAAUACUUUGAAUUUGGCUGGAUUUGAUGUUGAGGAUGAUUUUUUAGUUGAAAGAAAAGAGGGUUCUGCUUCAAUUCCCUCGGAAGGGACGUCGGCGGUAAAGAAAGGGACCGGUUUUACUGGAAGUAAUGUGCUUGAAUCGCGUGGUGCUGUCUCCGGUUGGCAGGCUGAAUUUCAGUCGGAUGAUCACGGUGCUAUUAGCACCGUGUCGUUUGAUCCUGUUGCAAGUUCUUCGAAAGAUAUUUCUUCCGAUAUUGAUGAUGCGGUUGUCGGGCAGGGUACGAAUUUAUUUGAUGGAAAAGAUAAACGCAAUCAAACUUCAUCGGAAUCCAAAACGACUGACUGGUUUCAAGGUGAUUUGAAGAGUAAUUUCACUUCGGGUGAUCAAGCUCAAAGCAGCAUCAGCAAUACCCUUGGUGAAAGAACUAUUAAUGACGAUGAUGAUUGGAAUGAUUUUACGGGUUCCACUAAUGCACAAGGUUCUUCGGACCAGGAUGCCGAUGGUUUGAAGUCAAUGAAUGAAAAAGGUGGUGAUUCUUUUUCUGGAUUGGAGGCUGGCUCUGAAUCUACUAUUUUUGAAACUCACCAUGAGGUAUCCAAAUCUUUUGAUCAUUUUGCAGGUUCUUCUGCCGAUCUUUCUACUCACAUGGAUAGUGUCUUUGGAACAGGAGACUCGUUUCAGGGAAAACCAGUAGAUAACACAACUUCAUCCCACAGUAGUAAUUGGUUUCAGGAUGAUCUAUGGAGUAAUUCCACCUCAAAGACGGUUCAUCAUACUGAGCAAUUCAACAAGAAUGUGGGUAAUAAGGAUGGUGAGAUAUUAGCAAAUAUAAAUAGUGUAACCAAUGAUGAAGAUUUGUUUGGAGCUUGGAAUGAUUUUAAAAGUUCGAGCAUCCUUAAUUCUUCAAUAAGUUCUUCGAAAGAACAUGGCAUCCAUACUAGUUCUACUGAAGAAAAGAAUAGUGACCCCUUUUCGGGAUGGGACACUGACUUCCAAUCUGCUAAUUCUAAAAAUAAUCGUGUGGGACCCAUAGCAUCUGAUCCUUUUGUAGGUUCCUCACUCGGUCUUUCUGAUCACAUUGAUACGGUUUUUGCAUCUGGAAAUGAUUUAUUUGACAUGAAAGCAAAAGAUAGCUCCAACGCGUCUAAUGCAAACAGCUGGUUUCAGGAUGAUCUAUGGAGUAAUUCGAGCUCAAAGUUAAUUCAUCAAGCUGAAAACUUGGGUGCAACUGGUGAUAUCAUGGAUUCCGGAAAAGCUAAUAGUGUUCAUAAUUCUUCCUCCAUCGAUGUUAACUGGUUUCCAGAUGAUCAAUUGCUAACAGGCAACAAGAAGGCACCUGAUGAAAAAUCGAUUGAGGAAACAGACAAUUUGUUCAGUGAUUGGUCUGAUUUCAAAAGCUCAACUACUAAGCAAGAUCCUCUCAGUGAUUCUUCAAAACAAGCCGUUACUAUUGAUGAUAAUAACAACAACUUGUCUGCCUGGAAUGAUUUUACUAGCUCAACUGAUGCAAAAGACCCUUCGAGUAAUUCUUCAAAACAAACUGAUUUGUUUUCAGGGGCAUUCAGUAAUCAGAAUUGCUCAACCGACAUCGAUAUCAUCUGGCCUGAAGCUCCUAUUUCAGCCAGGAUGGCUGAUGAAGAUUUCUCCAAUGCAACAACAGGAGGUUCAAAAGCUGAAGAAAUAGAGGUAUUGAUGUCACAAAUGCAUGAUCUAUCAUUUAUGUUAGAAACCAAUCUUUCAGUACCUACUAAAGUAGAUGAAUGUAGCUAACUUUCUAAAUGAUUGGCAGCCAUUUUUUUGCCCCUCUCUCAAGUUUUAUUAUUAUAUUAUUGGAUCUUGGUUGUUUGCCUUGUAUUGUAGCAUUGAUUGGUCUACUUAUCUGUAUUAUUUCUUGUAUCCUGUGGUGGUCGUUGUUGCCUUUUGUUCAAUCUGUUCUUCCUUGAUUAUUUAGUUGAAUGUGUGGUGAAACAAUUAUUGAAUUUUAAAAUGUCUUUUUCUUCUUUUA